AUGGCGUAUAUGGCUUCAAUUGUUUUCCUUUGGUCUUCAGGUCCAUCUCCUCAAGAUAUCCCUUCCUCUAAUGAAAAACCUCUUGUUUCCUCGAUAACAUUUAACGGUUGUAAUUCUAUGGAAAUGUUUCGUCAUUAUCCAAUAAAAAUGCCUUUCACUGCGGCACUUCAUCCUUCUAUUAUACUGCUGGAUCGUAAGGGAUGUGCACAAGUGUGGGAGCAAAUAGCGAAUCGUAAAGGACGUCAUCCCUGUCCAGCUGAUUUUGCCCUUCAAUGUGCAAGAGGUCGUGUUUGUUAUACACAUAAGGAAGAAGAAGACACACUUGCAGAAAUGAAUAAAACUUGGAGUGAUCGAAAUGCAAAGAGUAAAGAAUUGGAAUCACGUCCCUGGCUUGUUGUUCAUCAUGGCGGGAAAUCCCCUUCUAAUCUCGUCCAGCAAGGCAACGCCGUCCUCUCAGCAUUGGGACUCACUCAGGUAGUAACCCGCAUUGAAAGCGACAUCCGCUCUUGUCGUUUACCCUCUAAAAAGAUGAUCGCAGAGGAUUGUGAAAAAUUAGACACUAUACAAGGAAAUGCAAAGAAGGGAAAAUAUGUUUUAGUGGAAUUAGGAGCAGGGAAUGGCAAUAUUAUUUAUUCUUUCUGUCCUCCCGAUCCAUUUCGUCGAUUACGUUGUUUCGGUGUAGACUUGGUGCCAAGUUUAGUAAAUGACGCCAUGUCGUAUCAAGAACAUAUAAAUAUCGUCACGGGAGUUUCUUCACCAUUACGUGAUGGUUCCGCCACUCAUGUUUUUAUUCACGGCGUGUUGGCGGUGGCUUCACCAAAGGAUGGAUGUCGAUUGAUUCGUGAGGGUCUGCGGCUUUUAACUCCACAAGGUACUUUGUUAAUUGUAAUGGUCUUUACAGGGUUUUCUGCAGCUUGGCCAACACGACAUCAUCCCUUCUUUUUUAACGACAUCAUGGCUGAAAAGGGGUCAUUAAACACAUCCUUUUCCUCCUCUUCCUCUUCCUCUUCCUCUUCCUCUUCCUCUUCCUCUUCCUCUUCCUCUUCCUCUUCUUUUUCAUCAUCUACAUUGCGUUACUGUAGUGGUAUCACCAAUGAAAAUUAUAGUGAAAUAAUUGAAAAAGUAGAAUUUCUGUGGGAUGCAGAUGGUUUUUCAUUUUAUUCACCCAAGUUUCACCAAACAGGUGUGUACGUUGUGCGCUUAACUCGCUCCGAUAAACCAAUGAAACCCUUACCAGGAGAGAUACCAAAUAAUGGUACCUUAAAAAGUGAAGAAGGAAAAUUUUUUAAGGAAAUGUGUGAAGAUCCAGAACGCACGGAUCGUAUUAGAGAUGCUCAAGUUCUUUGGGCUGAUCGUGUUCUUGAAAUGCAUCGCACCAGAAUACGAAAGAAAAUUAGCAAAGGAAAGUAUAUAUGGGUUUCUCAGGGGUGA